AAGAAUUAAAUUACAGCAUUUUAUUUAUAAGUUAUAUGAAUAUCAGUUAAAAGACUCGUAAACUUAUUUCGAAGCAGUAAAUAGUUCGUUAAUAUGACUUCUGGCUUACACGGCUCGCAACAUCCAAUUGAAAUCAUAGCCAUAAAGGACAUCUAUCCUGGGCUGAAAAAUAUAAAUGCUAUAUUCAUAGUGCUUGAGGUAGGUCCCGUAACGCUGACGAAAGAAAACCGGGAGGUCAGAACGUUCAAGGUAGCGGACCAAAGUGCCGCUAUCAAUGUGUCGAUAUGGGACGAACCGGGCAAGUUGUUGAUGCCGGGAGAUAUUGUUCGUUUAACCAAGGGCUAUGCAGCGGUUUGGCGCCAGUGCCUAACACUAUAUUCCGGGAAAAAUGGGGAAAUUCAUCGAUUAGGUGAUUUUUGCUUUACCUUUAACGAGCUUAUCAACAUGAGCGAACCAAACCCGAGUCUAACCGGUGGCAAUCCGCAUGGUAAUGGUGGUGUAGGAGCAGGCAAUACCACAGGAAAAGGUGGUCGGCAGCAAAUUCAAAGUGAACCUGGACCUUCCGGGUCGCAGAGUCAAACCGGUACUAAAGUAGGCUCACAAGGAUCGAGAUUUGCUGUUCCUUCCAGUACGGAACCAAGUAAAGCUCCCAAAAAUGCUCCUCGAACAGGUCGCAGUGGGCAGGCUAAGAGUUCCUCGGCGAAAAAUGAGAGGAGAUAGUUUAGGUUGCUAAGGCUGAACAAAGUUAAGAGUAAGCAAAAUGUGUUUGGAAAGUAUUUUCAAACGUUUUCUGUAUUUUAUAUUGGAUAAUGUAAAACGAAAUAUAACAGUUUUUA